AUGAGCAUGAGUCCAGUGCCGGCCUCGGACACCCAUGGCAACCCGGACGAGCAGAUUGCGCAGCUCAUGCAGUGCAAGCAGCUCAUCGAGCAGGAGAUCUGUGAUGCUGUUAUGGCGUGUGGUUUGGUUGAGAUGUUUGUUUCUAGUGAUUACUGGGAUCUAACUGGCGAGAUCCCCUUCGAGGAGGAAGCCGACUUCGAUUUGUCACUCCGACCGGAUUCAUGCACCUCUCUGGGCCUUGUUCUUGUCGACAUCCUCAAUGGAUUCUGCACUGUCGGAGCUGGCAACCUCGGGCAGGCCCCGAUCGAGCCCAACAAGCAGAUUUCCUCCAUGGUAGAGGAGGCAGCGACGUUAGCUAGGCAUUUCUGCGAGAUGGAGGGGCCUGUGCUCGUCUUCCUCGAUUCCCACCACCCAAACAAGCCUGAGCCUCCUUAUCCGCCUCACUGCAUUGUGGGAUCAGGGGAGGAGGAUCUGGUUCCAGAUCCUGAAUAG